UUUUUUUUUUUUCUCUCUCUCUCUCUCUCUCUGUUUCUCUUUCUGUCUUUUUCUGUCUCUUUCUGUGUGUCUCUCUCUCUCUCUCUUUCUCUCUCUCUCUCUCUCGAAGAGAUAGAAAAUAUUUAUCGCGUUCGAGAUUGAUACAUAUAUGUACACUCCCAUACACGUGUACACACACACACACACACACACAGACACCCAUCAUCUUUUUCUUCUCUAAUACCAGAGACGAUUUAUUUAUACGAAGAAAAACGAACACGAUCAACUAUCUCUUCGUUCGACCAUUGAUCUCUCGACCUAAGUAAGUAAAUAUACGAGAGAUAAGUAACUUGAUACAGUUCGCCAACAGGAAACAGAGAGAGAAAAAUAGAGAGAGAGAGAGAGAGAAAAGGAUAGAGAUAGAAUAGAUGGAUAAAUAGAUAAAUAGACAGAAGAAACAGAUUUAAUGUCUGGAUAAAAGUGGGGAAAAGAAGCAAACAAGAAGAAGAAGAAAUAGAAGUAGGAGAAGGAGAAGGAGAAGGAGAAGGAGAAGGAGAAGGAGAAGGAGAAGAAGAAGUAGAAGAAGAAAAAAGAAGAAAUUAAAUUCAAGUUGCGUUGCAGACGAUUCCAUUCAUCGAAGGCCGUAUUAAGUGUAAAGACGUGUUUAGGAAGUUUCGAGCAGGUUGGAGGCCUCCGCGCGUUGUUCUUUCAGCAUACACAACGAGAUUGUAUAGGAUCUUAAACGAUCGCACAUUUAAUCAGUCGAUCGAUCGAUCGAUCGAUCGAUCAACCAAUCAAUCAAUCAAUCAAUCAAUCAAUCGUACAAAUUGAAACAAAACGAAACGGAUUUCGUUUCUUUUUCGUUCGUUUGUUUGUUUGUUUGUUUGUUUGCUUUGCUUACUUGCUUGUUGUUUGAUUGUUGAUUCAGUUUAUCCUAUCGCGCGUAUACAACGUUUACGUGAUAUAGUCGAGAACGGAAAAGAAGUUUCGUUUUGAAACGAGAAGUUGCAGUUUUUUUUUUUUAUUUUGUUUUGUUUUAAAAAUCACGACAAUGUCGUUUAUAGAAUUAAUCCGCGACCUUCUUAGUUUUAUACUGUUCUCGAUCACGGCCAUACUCGAGAGUAUUCUUAGAAUAUUUAUACCACGCAAAUACCAAAUGAAGGACAUAUCUGGCGAGGUUGCCCUUGUCACUGGCGGAGGCGGAGGAUUAGGAAGGUUAUUAGCCCUCAGAUUGGCUAAUCUUGGCGUCAUCGUUGUAGUAUGGGACAUCAAUCAGAAAGGUAUCGAAGAAACGGUGAAAUUGGUACAGGCUGCAGGUGGUACUUGUUACGGAUACGUUUGCGAUCUUUGCAAUCGCGAGGAUAUUUACAAAAAGGCGGCUCUGCUUAAAGAAGAAGUUGGCAAGGUAACAAUCUUGAUAAACAAUGCCGGUGUAGUCAAUGUUACGAAGUUCUUGGAAACCCCCGAUAAUCUUCUAAUACGUACGAUGGACGUAAACAUAAUGAGUCAUUUUUGGACAGUGAAAGCUUUCCUCCCGGCUAUGAUGGAAAGUAAUAAAGGUCAUAUCGUCAGUAUAGCGAGUAUGGCUGGCCAUGUUGGGAUUCCGAAAUUAGUUGAUUAUUGUACAUCGAAAUAUGCAGCAGUUGGUUUCGAUGAAGCGUUACGAAUAGAACUGGAGUACGAAGGAUAUAAUAAUAUCAACACCACAGUCGUAUGCCCUUAUUUCCUUCGUAGUACAGGCAUGUUUGGAAAUGGAUAUUCCGGAUUUUUGCCUAAUCUAAGUCCGAACGAAGUAGCGGAGAAGACUAUAACGUCGUUGAGAUGUAACAACAAAUACAUUAUGAUACCGGAAUAUUUCCAAAUUUUGUUACCUUUCAAAUGGGUAUUCCCAUGGACUUGCAUCAGUAUGGUACUACGUGGUUUAGUCAGAGAAAUUUCACCUAUCCAUGAAUCUACAGUAGAGACAAAUGUCAUUAACAACAAAAACAAAAAUAUAAAUGUAAAGGAUCGGGAGGACGGUAUGAUACGUCAACAAUUAACUAGGCAUAUUUCAAGUUCCGAAAGAAAACCAUAAAAAUUUGAGCCGUGAUUCUCUCUCUCUCUCUUUCUUUUUUUCUUUCUCUUUCUCUUUAUCAUCUAUCUAUAGUGUUUCUUUAUUUUUUUUUUUUUCUAUAAAAGUUUUACAUAUUGUUACAAAAACAUUUGCAAAAAGAGAUAUAACUUAACAAAAUAUUUUCCUACGUAAUUAUUGAUUUAUUAAUUACGAACGAUCUAAUUUUUCUUCGUAAUUGAGACGAAUAAAGAACGGUUUAAGAUAUUUCGAUAAAAGUGAUUUUUUUUUUUUUUGGUGUUUAGCCAUCAAAAGCAUUACGUCAAAUCAAAUCGAUAAUUUUUCUUCUCUUCGAUAUAUAUAUAUAUAUAUAUUUAAUUAAAACGUUUUAUGUAUAUGAUACAUAUCAGGGAUAUAGAUUUAUACCAUCAUUAUAGUGGCAAUAAUUAUAUUUGGUUUUUAUUUAAAGUUAAUGUUUAAUGUCGGUACGAUACAAUUAAUAAUAAUAAUAAUAAUAAUAAAGAAAAUUAGUUAAUAAGAGUAAUUAAUUAUACGAUGAAAUAUAUUAGAAAUUAUUGUGAAUCAAGAUUAAUUCUUUUUAAUGAUUGUACAGAAAAAAAAAGAAAGAAAAAUAAUAUUUUAUAAGUAACAUUAUAAUUUAGGAUAAAGUAAUAAAGAAAUAAAAUGAAAUGAAAUGAAAUAAAGAAAAAAAUUAACGAAUCAUUAAAUAAAUAUGCACGAUCGACUAUACAGAAAUACUAGAAAAAAAUAUAUGCAUGUUAUCUUACUCAAAUGAGACAAUAUCAGAAAUAAAAAAUCUUGUAAAUCAGGUUACGAUGGUGUAUAGGUGUGUGUGUGUGUAUGUAUGUGUAUGCAAAUAUAUAUUAUACCAACUUCCA